AUGGAUGAAGGAGUUCCUAUAAUCACAGCUGCGCCUACGGUAGAAGAAGUCCAGCUAGGGGAAAAAUAUCAUCAGAUUACUUAUUGGAGUUGUGUUACGAGGAAAACUUAUGUGCAUUGUGGAUGGCAUGAACCUAUACUUGCAGGCGGAACAGAAAUUGCAGGAGCGCAGUGUGAGUUGUGUAACGGUGGGAGAAUGGCUUUGAUGGCUGCGGGGGUGGUGGUUGCGGUAGGGGUUUUGUGA